UCCGGACACGCCCGCCCCCAUGCCGACCCGGUCUUGAACUGCCAUUGCUGAAAGGGCCCAAUUAACACCCGCCCCUCCAGCUCCCGACUACCAGGACCACCAGGAAGCUUCACUCACUCCCCCGGGACCCUCGCGCCUCGCCUCCGCCAAAGCUCUCCAUCCAUGGCCACCGCCUCUCUGUGGUCCCAGCUUUUCUCUUCGCACUCCUGAUUAUGUGUGCAGGUACGACUAUACAUAUAUAGCACACCAAGCCAAGCAUGGAUCCAGGACCCGACAGUAAACGGCCUCGCCUUUCUUCAUGGCCGGCCGGCGCACCACAGCAAGGCGUAUCGCUUCCACAUCCUCAUCCUCAUCAUCAUCCACAGUCGAACCAACUGCCGCCGCCUCCGCCCCCUCCUGGGCCUCUUCACCAUCCCGCCUCGAACCCAUAUCCGCAUUACCCUCCACGAUCCAUCGAACACCCAUCUGCGCCGCCGACACCAGCUCCCGCCUCUGCUCCUCCGCUGCACCCAGAAGCUGAUCGUCGGCAUCAUGAGCCAGAGCCAUAUGCGCACAUGCAAGACCACUACCGGCAGCCGCCGCCUCAGCAGCAGCAACAACCACCGCCACAGCACCAGCAUCCCCACCAGCCUCCUCCCUCACCGGCGCAUCCAGCGUACCAACCGUAUUCUUCACGGGAUCCUCCCAUAAAGCGGGACCCUGCCGAAGACCAGCGCCGACCGAGCUCGACAGGUCAUGCGCCUGGGCCUGAGGGCUUGCCGUCAACACCGCAUCUCGCGCAUCCUCCUCCACCUCCACCUCCGGGCCCCUACUCGGAGAGCCAACCGCGACACAUGAGUUACGAAAACGCACCCUCGAUGCCCCCGACCCCGGGUGGCUACCGGGCUCCCAGCUACCCUCCUCCCACCCCCGUGUCCCAUCAGCCAUCUUACGAGCAGCAUGGAGGUUAUUCUUCAAACCACGACUCGGCGUUUUACAAUGUCUACACGUCGUCAGCGCCAAAGAAGAAGAACACCCGCGCAUCUCAGGCUUGCGAUAGUUGCCGACAACUCAAAGCGAAGUGCGACGAGACGAAACCGUGUAAAACGUGUAAGGAAAAAGGCGUGGAGUGCAAAUAUAGAGACCCGGUGCCAAAAGCCACCGAUAAAGCUCAGGCUGACAUUCUGGACGGACUCACAGCCGUCCAAGGUACCUUGUCCACCAUCAUGAACCACCUUGGAAGGUUUGACCAGAGGCUCGUUAAAAUGGAGUCAUUGUUACCCAAAAACGCCACCCCUCUGGAACUGAAACACGAACCCGUAGCUGAAGAGGAGUACAAACGCCCACCUCCUUCUCCUUAUAUCACCAACGGUAAUUCCGGCGGUGAAGGUUAUUACCCCAGCGAAACACCGAGAGACCACCCUUCCUCAGAUCAUAUGCCCCUACGAAUGAUGGCCGAGGACGAGAUGGAGGUUGAGCCAGGCCCACCAGUUCCUCCUGGAGAGCCUGCCAUCCCCAUUAACCACACGACUCUUGCCGGCUUGCUCCUGGACUGGCCAUCAAUCCGCGAGCUAACUAAGCAUCUCCUCGAACGCGAAGGGAUUCGAUUUAUUAGCGAAUACCCCAUCAGUCAAGAGCAGAACAGGGGCGUCUUGAUUGUCUAUGGGCGCGGCGAAGACUCUCACCCAUCACGGCAUAUCCGAGAACCGACCGAUCACGGAACUCUUGACAUGGCAGACGAUUCAUCCGACAUGGCUUCGCCAUCGCCUGCUGCCGAUUGGGGCCAGCUCGGCGGUCUUAGCCCACCUGAUCAAGUCGAGUACAAGGGCGGUGUUUUGGCAGUCGACGGCAAUCCCGACUUCUCGGAAGCGAAGGUGUGGCUGUACGUGGAGAGUUUCAAGGAACAUAUCUUGAACAUGCACCCCAUCAUCCAGCCCAAGUUCCUCGACGACUGGGUUCGACACUUUUUGGAUACCCUCCCCACCUCGCACCCAAGAUCAUCUAAGCCUCAAACCUCAAAGCCUGCUUUUGCCGUCGGUGGAGGCUCACAGACCCCGGAGACCACAGGCGCGAAGAGAAAGCGAUCACCUGGACCUGACGGAUCCGAACCUGCCACCCCUGCGCCCCCGCGGGCUGGUCGACCAGACCGAUCGAUUCAUAGCGCACUAGUUCUCAGUGUCCUCGCACUGGGAAAAAUAUGUCUAUAUCGGGACAAUGUGCCCGACGUUGUGCACUCGUCGGAUCCUAUGCCCCAUGGAAGCCCCAUCACACGUAAUGGAGGUGUCCCACCGUCGCCUACACAGGGUUCUCCGCCAGCCUACUCAUCCCACUCGCACUCCUCCGGGCUGCCGUCUCCGAAGGAACAGGAACGAGGAAUACACAGUCGGCGCUCUUCCAUCCAUGGUGUUGGAGGCUUGCGCUCUGGGUAUAGCCUGAAGAAGAACUACGAGGUGAUUCCUGGUCUGGAGUACUUUGCAUACGCCACCGAUAUUCUUGGAAACCACACCGGUGCAUACAAUAACAUGAAGAAUGUCUAUGCCAACAUCUUUGCUGGCUUAUACCACGGCCAGUUGGGACGGCCAAUGGAGAGCUUCGCAUUCAUUCACAAGGCCAGUCACAAGUUGCAGGUCAUUAUGAGACCGAGCCUGGACAAGUUGCGGAGAAUCAAGCGAAACAGCGAAUUCAUCCAGGAGACAAAGUACAACCAGCUGGCUUUGACUUUCUGGACUUGCCUGCAACUCGAGAGUGAUCUCAUUGCGGAGCUUCAACUUCCCCCCUCAGGACUCCUAUCUUACGAGGACGACAUGCCGCAUCCGAACAUGAGUCUUCUCGAAGGCUACAACCAACGAAUCCUGGACAGCUACCCCGGACAGUUGUAUCUCCGAACACAUCUCAACAGCAUCCAUCGAAUGUUCUAUGCCCCCGAAGACCCUAGCAAGAUCAAGAAGGACCAGUUCAGAAACGUCAGUGUUGUAUCCGAUGCGGUUUCGGGGAUGCACUGGGUAGCUCCCAGCUUUGCCUUCCGAGAGGACGAUCUCCCGGCAGAUGAUAUCCUGGCGGCACGACUACGAGCGAAGUACUGGGGCGCCCAGGUGAUCACCUAUCGACCCUUUGUUCGGCAGAUCCUUCAGUUCUCGCACUCGGUGAAGAACCACCCAUCCAGCCCCAACUUCCCCACAGUGACGUCUGAGUUUCGUCAGGACGUCAUUGCUCCUGUGAUCCACCCCAAAACGAGAACACACGGCGAUAUUGACCCCAAGGUUGUGGAGCUUGCUAAGAAGGGAAUCAAGGCUCUGAUUGAAAGCACUCGCGCUUUCCAUGGACUUGGUGUAGAGCGACCCAUCAUUACCAACGUCUUCGGUACAGCACACGCUCAAUGGGGAAAUCUGCUGGUUCUCUCAGCCGCCUUCAAGGAUCCUGUUCUUCACACCUAUGUUAAUGAAGAGCUGUUGAAAAGCCUCUUCCAGAGGACCAUCCUUUUCUUGAGACAGUCGGCUACCGGGACGAGCUCUCUGAGAAUCGACAUGCAUAUCCUCGAAGGCCUCCAAAGAGAUCUCUUCCAGAACCCCGAGGCAAGGGCAAACUCAAGCUUCUCGAGUGGCAGCACCAGCGCGCCGGGAUACCAAACCCCCAGGCCUGCACCGAUGGCUGCGCCACCGCAGGUGCCUCACCCAAUGAACGAGCAGAUGCUCGCACGACCGAUGCCCCAUCACUUGCAGGUCUCGCCACAUGGGCAGUGAUGAAUUUGGUCCACCGCGGCUCUCACCACGGCUCUCACCACACACAAUCGGCUGAUUGAGGCGUUGAGGACUUUCUUUCCAUUAAUCAUCAUGAAAACGGCGUUUGGAAAAUGGUUCAACUUGAACCUGACAUUAUAUACUUUUCUUUUUCCCCCCCAG